CUUUCUCUUUCUCUUUCCGGAAAGCAGGUGGGGGCGGCCUAACGUAUGGUGCGGGAACGCGCAGGCGCACUGCUUCUGUGGGCAGCGCCAGGCGGCACAGCGCAUGCGCGGCAGAGGCAGCGCGGGAAACCGUAAAAGGCGGCGGGCGGGGCAGCGCGGCCCCGUAGAGGGCGGCGGGGGCGGUGGGGCCGCGUCAUGGCGGAGGGCGGCGAGCCCGUGAUCCUCGAGGACUACCUGCUGGUGGAGGAUGCUCCUCUGCUGGAGGAGAUGGCUGAGGAAGAUGAGGAGCUCGACCUGUACAAUGAGAUGACGUUUGGGCUGGACCGUGACUCCACUGAGGAGGAUGCUGCCAAAACCUCGGUGCCUCCAGAGAGGAGCACUGAGUGUGUGGAGCCUGAGGAGCAGCCCCAAGUGGCAGAGGGACAGCCACCAGCAGAGGUGCAGGGAGAGCCCCAGGGUGAAGGUGGGAUGGAGCCAGAGGCUGAGCAGGUGGGCUCUGAGGAGGAAGAGGAGGAAGAUGAUGAAGAGCAGGGAGUUGAGGAACAGGAGGAUGAGGAGGAGCCCAAUGACCUGGGAGACCCAGCGGUGAUGAGAGCUGUACAGAGCAAGCCCACACUCGAGAGCCAGGACUCAGCAGUGCUGGACAGCAGAAUUGGCUCUGACUGGGCAGAAUUUGGCCAGGAGGACAUGCUGGCAAUGGACCCCAUGACGUGGGGCUCCUGCCCCAGCAGCAUCCCACCCCACCACAUGCUAGAGGACAAAGCCAUCCUGCAGGUCCUGGAGAGGCCACCUACUGCCACCAAUGUGACCCUCGACUUCCUCGGCUCCCCUGUGCAGAGGGGGUAUGUGGGCUCUCCCCGGCUUAAGCGCCCUGACUUCAGAGGGAUGUCCCCUAAGUCUUUCUCCCAGCGCUUCCUCCAGCAGCAACCUCUGAUACCGCGCUCCACAUCCUCCCCUCGGCCCUUUCCACCACCCCGCAGAGCCUCUCCUUUCUUUACUUCCAACCAGUCUGCAGGGUACAUGUCUCCAACCCCUUUCAGUCCCCUGUCACCUAACAUUGGCACCCCGCCACGGCCUCUCGCCAUGCACUUCGGCCCAGUGUCUCAUUCUCUGGAUCUCUCUGUCUUCUUCAGCCCCUCUGCCAGCGGCCAGCUCAACCUCAGUGUGCCCAGCCACCUCACCCAGCUGCACCCUCAGCACCAGCGCAUCCUGACCCAGCGGCAGCAGCAGGGUGGGACACUGCAGAGUGUCUCCCCCAAGAAGCUGUGGUCCCCUAAAUCUGACCCUUGUGCUGGGUUGAUGACCUGCAAGGAGAAGGACUGGGUUGUCAAGGUGGAGAUGAUCCAGCUGCAGAGUGAGAACCUGGAUGAUGACUACUACUACCAGACCUACUACCAUCGGCUGGAGCACAAGCAGGCGGAGGAAGAGCUGCUGGGUGGGCGCAACAAGCAGGAGCCCCCCAAGCUGGUGACACCGUUCAUCCAGAAAGUGGAGACAUACAACUCUGUGGUGCGCAUUGCUGGCUCGCUGGGCCAGGUCGCUGUAUCCACCUGCUACAGCCCCCGGCGGGCCAUUGAUGCUGUGCACCAUGCCCUGGUGGAGGAGGCUGCGGGGAGCCACCGGCUUCGAGCGCUGCACAGGAUUGAGAGGCUGUUCCUGCAACUGCUGGAGGUGGAGGAGAUGCAGCGGAAGAUGUCCUCAGCCACAGAAGAGCAGGAACACAAGACCCAGGAAGUGGGACGCAUCUAUCAGGCCCUGAAUAUCAGAGCCUGCAGCAGUGAGGAGGAGGCAGAGGAUGAGUUCCUGCAGGUCCUGUGUGUGCGGAAAGGCAAGAAGCUCACAGCACGGCUGCUACCCCACCUGGCCCCAGAGCAAGCAGAGAAGAUCCUGCUGACCAUCACCCACCACCUGCCCUUCCUCAUGAAGAAGGAUGUGCCAGAUGAGUCUCUCCCCCUGCUCUACAGCCCUUUGAAUGAGGUGGUGGGCAGGAUGACCUUCAGCAGGCUCAUUGAGGUCCUGCAGGAGAUGACCAGGACCCUGCCCGAGUCUGCUGAGCUCCCACUCACUAUGGCCUUGAAGAACCAGUUUGGCAUCUCCUUGCUCUACUCCCUGCUGAGCCGUGGCGAGGGACUGUUGUCCUCUGAGACACCACUGGAGCCACACAUUGGAGACUUUGAGACAUGGACAGACACAGUAUUCCUGGUUGCUCGGGAGCUGUCACAAGUGCCCAAAGCUUUGCUGGUGGAACCACUCUUUUUGCCCAGCAAUCUCCUCUCGCUCUUCUGCCGUUACCUGGACAAGCAGACUGUCCACCACCUGGAGGCCAAGAUGGAGUGCUCCCCACUGCCGUCGGAGGCUACCAUGCCAUGCUAGGCCCUGAGAGCAAGGCAGGGCCCGAUGCAAGGACUUUGAGUUUUGAAGCAACCACAACCCGGGUGCUGGGCACUUUGGGUGAGCCACAUGCUGGCUUGGGGACAUGGGUAACUUAUUUUGGCCUCACACCCUGCAGCAGCGUUUGGCAGGUGCUGAGGCCGCUCUGCACCGGGGCGCUGGGAGCACCUGCAGGGGGUGAGUUUGUGUACAGCACUUGAAAUAAAAUAAAAAGGUGAUUAACAAGCGCUUGGGCUCCUGUGGGCAGCCUCUGCUG